GGCAUAAUUGUUAUUUUGAAAAACUGAAGGAUUGGAAAGAAAAUUUAUAUAUAUAUGUGUGCCGAAGUCGCAACAGCCUGCCUGCUGCUUCUCGGCGAACUUCAGUUGAAAGGUACCGACGCAACAUCACAGUCGCCGGAGGAAAAUGUCCGCCGCCGUGCUUGGCCGCCAUGUUAUUCCGGAGCGGUUUCUCCCGCCGCCGCGCCUAUCUCCGUCGGCGAAAUCAACAGUAAUUGAAUAUAGAAGACGGUUCCAUUCCUCGCUCUCCGCUCAGACGUACAGCCGAAGAUUGGAUUUGCUCGUAGCGCCAUGUCGCUCUUCUUCUUCUUCGACUUCGAGAUUUGGAUUCAAUCCAUCGACGAGGCUCUUCGUUAGCGGUCUGUCGUUCCGGACGACUGAAGAAAGCUUGAGAAAAGCAUUCGAAAUAUUUGGGGAGCUUGAAGAAGUAAACUUGGUGAUGGACAACAUCGCAAAAAGGCCAAGAGGCUUUGCGUUUGUAAGAUACACAACAGAGGAAGAAGCUAAUAAAGCAAUCGAAGGAAUGCACGGCAAGUUUCUGGAUGGCCGAGUUAUUUUUGUCGAGGUAGCAAAAUCUAGAGCCGAGCUUAGGCAAGGGUUCAAGCACAACCGGACACAGAGUUGAUCACUGGUUCGGUACUUACAUUGUUUCAAUUCUAUCUUGUAGUUUAAAUGUGAUACUUUAUGAAAUCUUUAGAACGAUAGUUUAGAUGGAAUCAAAUUCCCAUUAGAAUCUCA